GGAUGAUAAAAGGAAACGUAAACAAUCUUCAUUUGAUCAAGACAAUAGCUCUCAAUUUGCUGAGAAAACAUUAAAUCAACAAGAUUAUCAAGCAUGGAGACGGAGGAAACAUGGCUGACGCAGGAAGAUGUUGCUAAUAUUGCUAGGAUUAAAUAUGGGUGGCAUGGAGAAGAUAAUAAUGUAAUAUUUGAAAUUAUUGGAUCAGUAGAACAGCUAGGAAGGCAAUUAACAAAGCAAAACAUAGACAAAUUGACAAAAUCUAAUAAACAAUCACUAACAUUUAUUGUUAACUUAAAUAACUUUCAUUGGGUAACACUGGUUGUCAUUUAUAGUAAUCAACAAUUUUCUGCUUAUUAUAUUGACUCUCUUGCUAGUGGGAUACAGAAUAAUAUUUGUAGUAAGUUAAGUGAAAAAAUUAGAGAAAUUAAUAUUCAAUCUUUUAGCAUUGUACAACAAAAUGAUGGGUAUAAUUGUGGAAUAUUUGCCUUAGAAAAUGCAAAAAUAAUUAACGAUGUAAUAGAAUCUGGCCAAAUUGAUCAAAUUGAACAGAAAUUAAAAGGUUACAAACCAACUUCAGAUGAUUUAGAGAACAAGAGAAAAGAGUUUGCAAAAGCGUUAAUUGGUUCUAAAGAAGAUAGUAGUCCUAAAAGGCGAAAAAUGUCUAGUCCUGAUCCCCAGCAUAUGGAAGUUGAUGUAGGACUUCAAUCAGGAUCUUCAAGUUCAAAAAGACAAAAAUUAGGAUCCCCUAAAUCAGGAUCUUCAUAUCAAAGUGGUGAAUUAGAAAGCCACGGAAUUAGUCAAAAAUAUCCUAAAUUUGGAUUGGUACAUACCUUACAUGGCGAUAUUUAUCAGCUAAAGUUAUUAAUGCUGUUUGUGAAAAGAGGAUUGGAUAAAGAGUAUCUUUUUGAAUUAGCAACAGAAAUGGGUGCAGCUGAAAAGUUUGAUGAUUUGGUUUUUCAAUACAAAAAGAGUAAUGCAGAUGGAACAGAAGAAAAGGUAGGAAGGUUUUUGCAAGCUAAGCAUAAACAAGAUGAAUCUAAAAAAAUUUCUGUCAAUGAUCUACUUACAGAAAAAAAUGGAGAAUUUAGUCUACAAAAAUACUUUAUUUCUUAUCGUAAAAUCCAACAAAAUCGAGAGUUUAAGAAUGGUAAUUUAAAAUGUAAAGAUUUUGUUAUUUGCACGAAUAUUGGUUUUAAAUUUGAUGAUAAAAAAGGCAAUCUGAAGCUAAGUGAAGAUAUCUUUAAUGACAGGAUGGAUGAAAAUGACAUCUUAAACACUCAACUUUUUCAAUUUAAGGAUAAAUUCACCGGAAAGGAGCAGAUAGUUUCAAUAUUAAGAAACGCUCCUGAUUUAACUAAGCUAGCAAAGAGACUUGCUGAAUGUGUAUUAGAUGGUAAGUCUAUAAACGAUGAUAGGUCUAAAGAUGAUCCAGAAAGCAAUCUUUUUAAAUCAUAUCAAAGUGCAUUGAUAGACAAAGUCAUUGAUAAAGAAAGUCACAAAUUAAGUGUUGAUUUUGUGAAAGGACAGCAACUGCCUGCAGAGACUAAAAAUCUUCGAGUCGCUUUUGAAAAAGUAUUUAAUAAUCGGAGAGAGUCUUUUAAUUUAGAUGAUAAACCUGUUAUAAAAGAUCCAGAAGGCUUUGCUCAGAAAGUUGCUGAACUAAUACUAAAAAAUCAACCUAAUACGGUCGUUAAAGUUGAGAAGAGAAAGUAUGCUAUAAAGGAUAAUUUUGAUAAGUUAGCUGGUUAUGUGUUAAUAAAAAAAGAUAACAAGAUAAGGUUUAGCACAGCAUUUUUAGAUGAUGAUGAAUUGCCAGGUAAUUUAAAAACCUUUAGAGAAAAGUUACGAAGUAAGCUUCCGAAGCUUAACCUUAAUCAAUACGAGUUUGAAACUUAUAAAGACUUCAAAACUUGUGAGGAAAUAUAUGUAGAUAAGAAUAAUUUUUGGGAAAAGAUAAAAGAAAAAAAGUUAAAGCUGUUUGAGGAUUUUGGAAAGCUAGAUACCAAUCUCCAAUCUGCAGAAAAAUUUGUAGAAAGAUUUGUUUCUUUGCUAGAAGAAAGUACAUUCAAAGAAAAUCGAGUUGUAAAAAUAAAAAGAGCAGACAAAAUUAUUAACAAAGAUAUCGAUAAAUUAGCCCAACACGUAUUGAUUGAAAAGGAGGACGAGAUCCGAUUUAGCUCAAAAUUUUUUAGCGAUACUCAAUUACCAGGUAAUUUAAAUUAUUUCAGGUCUCAAUUAAAAGCCAAACUUGAGGAGCUCGAUUUUAAUUUUAAUAUACUUAAAGAGUACACAUUUUAUAUCAGUAAUUUUCCUAAAUUUAACUUACCAGAUGAUAGUAUUGAUAAAAUAGAAGGCAGUAUAAAAGAUUUUUUAGAUAAAUUAAGAUUUGCAGUUAACCAGCCAAAUGAAGAUAAGCUUGGUGAAAUUAUUAAAGAAGAGUUGGGUAAAAAAUUUAACAUGAUUGAUAGGAAAAAUGUUUAUAGUAGAUUCUUAGAAAAAAUGCUGGAUUGGAUGAAAGACAAAGAAGGAAAGUUUUUUACAUACAAGGAAGGAGGGACUUUCUUUGAAGAAAUAAAGAAAGAGAUUUUAGGGACAAUCUGGUUUGAUGUGAAAGAUCCAGUACAGUUAUUCACAGGAAGAAAAAGAGAGUUAAGUGAGUUACAUAAAACAUUACAGCGAAACCAAGGUAAAGAUAAGAUUAUUACAGUAAUAUCACAGAUGACCUCUAUUAGCGGUUUGGGAGGAAUAGGUAAAAGUGAACUGGCUAGAAAGUAUGCUUAUGCUCAUGGGAAUGAUUAUGAUGGCAAUGUUAUAUGGAUAAAUGCUGAGAAUUAUGAUACUCUUAAAAAAUCUUUUCUUAACUUGGCUAAAGAUAAUAGGUUAGGCAUAGUUCCUACAGAACAUAGAGAUAAAAAAGAAAAGGCAACAGAAGCUAUUGUUAAAGAAAUAUAUGUUUUUUUUGCAAAGAGGAAAAGUUUAUUUAUUUUUGAUAAUGCUGAAAAGAAUGAAUAUCUAAAUAAGUUCUUACCGCUGAGUUCUUUAGCGCCUAAUGCUAAUAAGCCUUACAUUUUAAUCACUUCUCGUAAUCGGGAAUGGGAAAAAGGAAUAGAAGUUAUGGAUCUGAAUGAACUAGAACUAGAAGAUGCUAUAAAGUUUGUGAAAAAAGGGUUAGGUAUAGAAGAUAAGUCUCAAGAUCAAGAGAUAAAGACUUUAGUGGAAAAAUUACAACGCUUUCCUUUGGCUAUACAACAAGCAAUAGCAUACAUUGAAGAUCAAAGAGUCACAGGAGGAUUUAGCAUAGAUGAUUAUCUAGAAGAGUAUGAAAAGAAGACAAAAGAUUUACUUGAUUCUGAAGUGUUCAAAGGAAUUGAUAAUGAGUAUGCAAAAACAACUUUUACAACUUGGAAGAUCACGAUUGAUAAAAUAGCAAGUGAUAGUGACCAUGGACAGUUAGCUUUAAAGAUUCUUGAUGCUAUAGCUUAUUUUGCACCUGAGAGCGUCAAUAGAGAAAUAUUUCUAGAUUUAGCAGGUGGUGAUGAAAGAAAGUUGAGAUCAGCUGUUCGCUUGCUUGUCAAAUAUUCCAUGGUAAAUGGUGAGAAAAAGCAAAGUGUGCUAAGUAUCCAUAGGUUAGUACAAGAAGUGACGAGAUUGGAGUUAAAAGGACAAGAAAAAGAAGAAGAGAGUUUAAAAGAAGCACUAAAGCUAGUUGAGACAAAUUUUAAGAAGGACAAUAUUGAUCAUGCUAUGUCAGCUUGGAGUCACGCAAGCAAAUAUGAAAAAUUGGUGAAAGAAUUUAGCAGUCUGCCAAGAAUGGUUAUCGAAGAAUUGUAUCAUGGUAUGAGAUAUAGCAAAACUUUGCCAUUUGAAAAAGAGGCGUUAAAGUCAUUAGAGAAAUUGGGAAACACGCACUAUGAAGUUCUUAUAAUGAAAAGAUACCAGGCUAAUGCUUAUGGCGAUUUAGGUGAUUAUGAGAAAAAAAGAAAGCUUCUUGAAGAAGAGGUUUUACCUAUUCUUAGGAAAAAUUACGCAGAAAAACCCAUUGAAAUUGCUAGGACGCUAAGGAACUUGGGUGUCGUUUAUGGAGAUUUAAGUGACAAUGAGAAAAAAAAGGUUGAAAAAGAGAAUUUGUUUAAGAGAAAAAAGGAGUAUCUAAAAGAAGCUUGCAAAAUUUUUGAAGAGUCUUUUGAGAAUGAUAAUAUUGAAGUUGCUAAAAUAAAAAGAAAUUUGGCUAAUGUUUCUGGCGAUUUAGGUGAUUAUGAGAAAAAAAGAAAGCUUCUUGAAGAAGAGGUUUUACCUACUUUCAAGAAAAAUUACGGCGAUAAUCAUCUUGAAUUUGCUAAAGCAAAAAGAAACUUGGCUAAUGCUUAUGGCGAUUUAAAUAAUCAUCAGAAAAAAAAGGAGUUGCUUGAAGAAGUUUUGGCUAUUCUUGGGAAAUAUUAUGAAUCUGAUCAUGUGGAAAUUGAGGUUGAAGUAGAAUUUGCUAAAGCAAAAAGAAACUUGGGUAACGUUUAUAGGCAAUUAGCUAAGUCUGAGAGUAUUUGUGAGGAAGAAAAAAAGAAGUUGCUUGAAGAGGGAGAAAAGUUGCUUGAAGGAGCUUUACCUGUUUUAAAGAGAUAUUUUGGAUCUAAUAGUGGAAUAGUUACUAAAACACACAAAAAUCUUGAAAAAAUUCAUAAAGAUAAGAAAAAUUUUUAAGAGGUUAUACUUCAGGAGGAUAAAGUUUCAGCUGGAGAAUGUUUAUCAGAUUCAAGUUAUAGAAGGAAAAGAAAUGCUGAAAAUGAAUGUUUAUUUACCUGGGAAGACGUAGAUGAGUUCAAUACAGAAAAAGAUAAAAAAAGAGAUUUUAGUAAAAUUAAAAUAGAUAGUGAGAAGUUCGUUGACUACAUAAAAGAUUUACCAGAAGAAAAAUGUUCUCAGCUAAUUCAGCUAGCAAGUGAAGCUCAAGUUACAGGUAGGUCUCAAGGUCUAGUCAAUAAGCUUACUAGUAAUCAGAAAGUCAUAAGUCAUCUAAAUAGAGUGGGAAGAAUCUCGGGUAUGACGGAGAGCGAGUGGUGUCAAUUGCGUAUGGUGACCAUGUUGUGCGGUACGGGGAAGUUCAAAUAAAGGAUUUAUUGAAUUUAAGACAACGAAUUAAGGCUGAGUUAAAAGUUGCAGGUAUGAAGCCAAAGAGAAAGAUUAUUUUUUUAACCAAUAAAGGAAUUUUAUAAAUGCUGCUAAAAACCUUCAAGCAAUUGUUUAA